AUGACGGGCAACAAGCAGCGACCCCCUUUCAGAGCUGAGCAUCUGGGCUCGUUAUUGAGGCCGAAAGAGCUGACCGAGAAACGGGUCAAACUCGAUUCUGCCAAAGCCUUGGAAAUUGCACAGGACAAAGAACUCCAUGCCAUCGAAGACAAGGCCAUCAACAAGAUUGUGAAGUCUCAACUCGACCUUGGGUUCCAUGCCAUCACCGAUGGAGAGUACCGUCGACAUCAGUUCUGGGGUACUUUCUUCCCCAAUCUGCAGGGGUUUGAGGAGAUCUCAAACCCCAGUUGGGACAUGUUCAGACUUUACGUGCCAGAUACCGCGGCUUUCACCGAGACGGGUCACAAGCCAGGCGAGUCCAUCGUGUGCACGGGCAAGAUCAAGCAUGUCGGCAGCUCGUACAUCCACGAUUGGGACUAUCUCAAGAAGCUGGUUCCCGCAGACAGGGUCAAGGAACUCAAGAUCACUCUGGCUGCUCCGGAGUGGUAUCACCUGCGAUACAAGAAGGGAUACGCGUACCCCAAAGACGUAUACGCCAACGACGCCGAGUACUUUGCUGAUAUUGCGGUCGCUUACAAGGCGGAGCUGCAGACUCUGUAUGAUGCUGGCUGUCGGAAUGUCACCAUUGAUGACCCCAACCUUGCUUACUUCUGCUCCGAGAAGAUGUUGGCAGGCUUCAAGGACGACGGUGAGGACUCGGAUGCGUUGCUUGAUUCGUACAUCAAGCUCUACAACGACUGCAUCAGCUCCCGCCCGGCGGAUCUACACUUGGGCAUCCACCUCUGCCGAGGCAACUUUGCGUACAGCAAACACUUCUCCGAGGGAGGCUACGAUCGUAUUGCCACGAAGCUCUUCAAUGACAUCAACGCUGACACCUACUUUCUCGAGUACGACACGGAGCGAGCCGGUACUUUCGCCCCGCUGAAGGAGCUUCCUCCACACAAGAACGUCGUGCUAGGCGUCAUCACCAGCAAGUUCCCCGAACUAGAGAAUAUCGACGAGCUGAAAAGCAGGGUGUUUCAGGCUGCCGAUAUCAUAGCCAAGGGGGCAGGGCAGACCCGUGAGGAGGCCUUGAAGAGGAUUGGCCCUCCCGCUGCGUCCCUCCCUGGCCCCGCCCACGCUGGGCCAGCGCCGGAGCGCGACACCACCCAAAACACCUGCCCACUUCCCCGAUUCAGCGAGCAAGCCUUCCCGGCAUUUGAGCAUCAGGUUCAGUACGAAACGACAGCCCAACUGCCCAUUGCCUGCCUUGUCUGCCUCGCUAUGCCUGAGAAGUCCAAGCCUCCGCCCGACGAGUCCGUCACGUACAGCUCAGGCAAGCACGACGGCCCUCCCGACCUCAGGAUCCUGCACUACAAUGAUGUCUAUCACGUGGACUCGUCUUCGGCCGAGCCAGUUGGCGGUGUGGCCCGCUUCAUGAGCCUGGUGAAGCACUAUCGUGAAGAUCCCAAGUGGAAAGGCCAGCCGGACCUGGUGACCUUGUUUUCUGGAGAUGCCUUCAACCCGAGUCUCGAAAGCUCUAUAACAAAGGGCGCCCACAUGGUUCCUUUAUUGAACAACAUAGGCACAGACGCUGCGGCUCUAGGGAACCACGAUCUUGACUUCGGGGUACGCCAGUUCAGGAACUUGGCCUCCAAGUGCAAAUUUCCGUGGCUCAUUGCCAACGUGCUUGACCCUGCACUCGGGGAGUCUGUUCCAAUUGGCAAUGCGAAGAAGACACACAUGAUCACCACUUCCAAUGGGGUCAAGGUCGGCCUGAUUGGCCUGGGCGAACGGGAAUGGUUGGCCACAAUUAACAGUCUGCCACCGGACCUGAUCUACAAAUCGGCAAGCGAGACGGCGAGGGAACUGGUUCCAAAGCUGCGUGCCGAGGGCGCGGAGAUUGUCAUCGCCGUCACCCACAUGCGCGAGCCAAAUGACAACAAGCUGGCGGAGCAGACUGAUGGCAUCAUUGACAUCAUCCUUGGCGGACACGAUCACUAUUACAACCACUCGUUCAUCAAGGGCACUCAUGUCUUACGAUCGGGGACGGACUUCAAGCAAUUGUCGUAUAUCGAGGCCCGGCGAGCCGGUAAUGGGUCUAGGAAAUGGGACAUUGACAUAAUCCGGCGUGAUGUUACCUCGGCUAUCCCGCAGCACGACGAGACUGUCAAGCUGGUUGAGAAGCUGACUGCAAGCCUCAAGUCAACCCUCCAGAAGCCUAUCGGCUACACCGCUGCGCCGCUGGAUGCCCGCUUUAGGACUGUACGGUUGAAGGAGAGCAACAUUGCCAAUUGGGUAUGUGACAUCAUGCGCCACCAUUACUCUGGUGAGUGUUGCAUCAUGGCUUCGGGGACCAUCCGCGGCGAUCAGAUCUAUCCGCCUGGUCCUAUCCUCCUGAAGGAUAUCAUGAACUGCUUCCCUUUUGAGGACCCAGUAGUGGUCAUCAAGGUCACAGGUCAGGCAAUCUGGGAUGCUCUGGAGAAUGGUGUAUCCCAGUACCCGGCGCUCGAGGGUCGGUUCCCCCAGGUUUCGAACAUCAAAUUCACAUUCGAUGCCAACAAGGCCGUCGGAUCAAGGAUCUUGAAGGCUACAAUUGGCGAUGAGCCUAUCGAUAUGGAGAAAAUGUACACUCUGGUCACGAGAGGCUAUAUGGCCAGAGGAAAGGACGGCUUCGACUCGCUUCUAAUAGAGGAGGAAGGUGGAAAGGCCAAGGAGAUCGUAUCCGAAGAGAAUGGUAUCUUGAUCUCAAUGAUGCUGCGACAAUACUUUAUGUCACUCCGGGUAAUGGGCCAGUGGAAGAACUGGGGCAACGCCAUAAACCGCCACUGGAAUGAGGUUUCCAAGAAAGUGAGCGCAUGUCACCCCCACUUUCAGCCCACUCCUCAAGCAACUCCGACCAGCCCUUCAGCCAGUAAGAGCCACGGCUGGGACAACUGGACGCCGCAGAAGGUACGAUCGAGAAGAGGGAGUGUCCUGCCACGAGAAGAGGAGAGCGAUAGCGAAGACGAGGGAACUCACGAGGCGGAGAAAGACGUUGAGGGAGUCGACAAGGAGCUGCAGAUCAUGCGUCGGGUUUUUGGCAAAUGGGCGAAGAUCGCGGGCGUCGAGUGCAAAGUCGCCGAUGAGCUCAACCAAAACGAGUUUGAUGUCGACUGGACAACGCCGAUUGCGCCGCGAGUGGAAGGUCGCAUCACGCAGAUAGGCGGCGACCCCCCAAAUUGA